UCUUCUUCUUCUUCUUCUUCUUUCAAAUCUUCAAAAGCCAAAAACUUUCCUUCUCUUCCAUCAUCAAAAUCUUCCCUUUCAAUUUCAACUACGUUUAAUUUUUAAUUUUAUCCUACACCUCCAUUGAUCCUUAUACCCAUCUCCAAAAUUCGCAUCAUAUCAUAAUUUUUUAUUCGAUCAUUCAAAAUCUAGCAUCUUUUUCCCUCUUUGAAUAAUAAAAAUCUCCCCUUUCAGAAUUCUAAAUUUAACUUUUUUUUAUAUUCUGUUGUGUAUAUUAAUCAAUUAAUUUCUUUUGGGGUAUCUUCUAAUACCCUUUUCUGCAUAUGCAUCAAAAGUCAAAUCUUUAAUACAUCUUGCAUCAGGGUCAACUUCUAUGACCCUUAUGUGCAUGUGCAUCAAAAUCAAAUUUUGAAUAGCUUUGCAUCAUCAAGGGUUAUACAGAUUAAAACUGAAUUCAUUCAAUUCUGAGUUUUGAUUCAUGGACAAUUCUGGGUCUUCUUCACAUCCAUAUGGAUAUCCAAAUCCAAAUUCAAAUUCAAAUUCAAAUCCAUAUGCAUAUGCAUACCCUCCAUAUCCAUAUCCAUAUCCACCUCCACAUCCAAAUCCACACCCCCCUCAUGGUCCUAUUGAUCCAUAUGCACCCCCACCUUCAACUACUCCUUAUUCAUCAUAUGGAUCAUCAUAUCCACAAAAUUCUUCACAUUCCUUCAACUAUUCCAACUCUUAUCCACCACCAAACUCUUUAGAGUUUCCAAAUCCUCAACAAACUCAUGCUUAUCCUUAUCCUUAUCCUUACCAAACCCCUCCAAUAGUAUCUCAAAGUCAAAGUGAAAACCCUCCUCAUAGUUCUCCUUACCCUCCUUUGAAUCAUCUUAUGAGCAAUGUUCAUUUAUCUGAUUAUAACAAACCAAGUGCACCUCAUAUAAUGACACAUUCAUAUUCAGUUUCAAAUGAAGAGAAGAAAGAGGAAUUUCAUGGUCAUUCUAGUCAUCAUUCAUUUUCAGGUUUUGAUGAUUCUAACAAACUUUCAGCUUUUUCUGGUUCAUUUGAUGAUUCAGUUCAUAGUCAAAGUUUGCAGAUUGUUCCAGUUCAGAAUAAAGGAUCUCUUAGAUUUUUGCUUUUGCAUGGUAAUUUAGAUAUAUGGAUUCAUGGAGCUAAGAAUCUUCCAAAUAUGGAUAUGUUUCAUAACACUUUAGGGAAUAUGUUUGGUAAGUUUCCUGGUAAUGCUAGUAGCAAGGUUGAGGGAACUAGGAGUUCGAAGAUUACAAGUGAUCCGUAUGUGUCGAUUUCGGUUUCUAAUGCUGUAGUUGGUAGGACUUUUGUGAUUAGUAAUAGUGAGAAUCCUGUUUGGGAGCAGCACUUUCAUGUUCCUGUUGCACAUCAUGCUGCUGAAGUUCAUUUUGUUGUUAAGGAUAGUGAUGUAGUUGGUUCCCAGCUUAUUGGAAUUGUGGCGAUUCCGGUGGAACAAAUAUUCUCGGGCGGAAAAGUACAAGGGACUUACCCUAUCCUUAAUAACAAUGGGAAGCCUUGUAAGCCUGGUGCUGUUUUGAGUGUUUCCAUUCAGUAUAUUCCAAUGGAGAAACUGAUCAUUUAUCAUCAAGGAGUUGGUACCGGGCCGGAGUAUAUCGGUGUGCCGGGGACGUAUUUUCCGUUGCGGAAAGGUGGAGCGGUUACUUUAUAUCAAGAUGCUCAUGUUCCAGAUGGUUGUCUCCCUAAUGUCAUGCUUGAUCAUGGGAGGUACUAUGCUCAUGGACAGUGUUGGAUUGACAUCUUCGAGGCGAUACGUCAAGCGAAGCGUUUGGUUUACAUUACGGGGUGGUCAGUUUGGCACAAAGUUAGGUUGGUAAGGGAUGCUGGUAAUGUUCAUGCGGCGGGUUUCACCCUUGGUGAUCUUCUUAGGUCUAAGUCUCAGGAAGGAGUAAGAGUGCUUCUCCUUGUUUGGGAUGACCCUACCUCAAGAAGCAUUCUUGGUUAUAAUACAGAUGGUGUCAUGGCAACCCACGAUGAAGAAACACGACGAUUUUUCAAGCACUCUUCUGUGCAAGUGCUACUCUGUCCUCGCAUUGCCGGAAAACGACAUAGCUGGGCCAAACAAAAGGAAGUUGGAACAAUAUAUACACAUCAUCAAAAGACUGUAAUUGUGGAUGCUGAUGCCGGAAAUAACAGAAGAAAAAUUGUAGCAUUUGUUGGUGGACUUGAUUUGUGUGACGGUCGAUAUGAUACUCCCAACCAUCCCAUCUUUAGAACUCUACACACACUGCAUAAGGAUGAUUAUCACAACCCUACUUUCGCGGGUACUACUAGCGGCUGUCCACGGGAACCAUGGCAUGAUUUGCAUUCUAAAAUUGAUGGUCCAGCAGCUUACGAUGUUUUGACCAACUUUGAGGAGCGGUGGUUAAGAGCUGCGAAACCUAGAGGGAUAAAAAAGUUGAAGAGUUCAUAUGAUGAUGCAUUGCUCAAGAUAGAAAGAAUUCCAGAUAUUAUUAGUGUAUCUGAGACUCCUAGUGUUGGUGAUGAUAAUCCUGAAGCUUGGCAUGUUCAGAUAUUUCGUUCAAUAGAUUCGAACUCUGUCAAGGGAUUUCCAAAGGAGCCAAGAGAUGGAUCAAAAAAGAACCUCGUAUGUGGGAAGAAUGUGCUGAUUGACAUGAGCAUACAUACAGCAUACGUAAAGGCCAUUCGUGCUGCACAGCAUUACAUUUAUAUAGAGAAUCAAUAUUUCAUUGGUUCUUCAUACAAUUGGAGCCACAAUAAAGACAUUGGUGCUAAUAAUUUGAUUCCGAUGGAAAUUGCACUGAAGAUUGCUGAAAAAAUAAAGGCGAAUGAGAGGUUUGCGGUGUACAUAGUUAUUCCAAUGUGGCCGGAGGGUGUUCCAACAGGGGCUGCCACUCAAAGGAUUCUUUUUUGGCAGAAUAAAACGAUGCAAAUGAUGUACGAGACAGUAUACAAGGCGUUGGUUGAAGUUGGGCUCGAAACAGCAUUCUCUCCACAAGACUAUUUGAACUUUUUCUGUCUUGGAAAUCGAGAGACGGUAGAUAUGCAUGAGAGUAGUAUUGCGUCUGGAACUCCUCCCCCGCCGAAUACUCCACAAGCAAAUACCCGAAACAACCGGCGUUUCAUGAUUUAUGUUCAUUCAAAAGGCAUGAUAGUUGAUGAUGAAUAUGUAAUUUUGGGGUCAGCAAACAUCAACCAGCGGUCUAUGGAAGGAACAAGGGACACUGAGAUUGCAAUGGGAGCCUACCAACCUCAAUAUACUUGGGCAAGAAAACAGUCUUAUCCCCGCGGACAGGUUCAUGGAUACAGGAUGUCACUUUGGGCGGAGCAUACCGGAACAAUCGAAGACUGUUUCUUACAACCGGAGAGCCUGGAAUGCAUGAGAAGGGUUAGAACAAUGUCAGAAAUGAACUGGAAACAAUUUUCAUCCAAUGAUGUGACAGAAAUGAGAGGGCAUUUACUAAAGUACCCUGUAGAAGUUGAUAGAAAGGGUAAGGUUAGAUCUCUUCCUGGUCAUGAAGAGUUUCCUGAUGUUGGAGGGAAGAUUGUAGGAUCAUUUAUUGCCAUUCAAGAAAAUUUAACCAUUUGAUGACUUUUUUUCAUUCAUUCACAUUGUUGGUCAUUAGCAUAGGAUGAAUGUAAAUUACAAAAUACAAGUUAAACAAUUUUGAAAUGCAUGAUGGUUGAGUUAAGGAAACAUCACAUUUAAUGUAUAGUAAUAAAAUCAGUUUUAUAGUCAGAUAUUUAUUUACUCUUUCUCU